UUUACAAAACACUAUAACAAACAAGUCUGAAUUAUAUUGUAUUGUAUCGGACACCAACUACAUCUCUUAAUAUCGCCUUGGACCAUACAUAGUAGUCAGAUAUCAGCAUGAACUUUAUUGCUGCACGGAGUUGUCGUGGCUCAUUGCUCCCUUUACAAAAUAUACCCGUAUGUGUUUCAGCAGCGAGCCCCCAAGUUAAUAGUAUCCGAGGGGUGUUACGUCGCAAUAGGAGAUGUGCUUCCGCUAUCUCUUCUAGCACAUACUGUCAGGACCUCGUAAGAAAGCACGAUGCCGAGCACUUUCUGAGCUCAUUGUGGCUACCAGCGGAUAUACGUCAGGCAGUCUUUGCCAUCAGAGCCUUUAACAUUGAGGUGGCACAGAUCCGUGAGGUGACAAGUGAGAUACAGAUUGCAAGGAUUCGAUCGCAAUGGUGGCGGGAUAGUCUAGGCUUUGUGUAUGAGAAUGCGAAAGACCCGGGUCAUCCCGUGUUGAAGGAACUGGCCAAAGCUGUGCACACGCACCAGCUAAAUCGCAGAUGGCUCGAGAGACUCAUAAGAGAACGCGAAAAGCGUUUCGAUGAAUCUGGGUUUAUGUCUAUGGAUGAGGUCGAGGAUUAUAGCGAAGGAAUAAAUUCCUCACUGUUGUAUCUCAGUCUGCAAUGUGUAGGUGUCUCGGAUAUCCACGCAGAUCACGCUGCCAGUCAUCUGGGUAAGACAGAGGGAAUCAUUACUUUGUUGAGGGGUGUUCAAUACCACGCUCGGAGGAGGAAAGUAUUCCUUCCUAUGGAUCAGCUUUUGGCGGCAGGAGUGAGUCAAGAAGAAGUCAUCAGGCAACAAAACGAAGCUGCCAUCACAGAGGUAGCAUAUACAAUAUCUUCACAGGCUAAUUCACACCUGGAAAUGGCUCGUGAGCAUACGAACGAUGUGGCGCCUAGGGCUAAGCGGGUUCUUCUUCCGGCUGUGGCCGCGGACAUGUUCCUUACUCGGUUACAAAAGGAGCACUUCAAUUUGUACUCCAAAACGCUGGAUGCGCCACAUGCGAGUCUACCAUUCCGCCUUCUAUCUAAAGCCUGGUCAAGGGCGUAUUGAGCAAUAAAUUCGUAUAAAUUGA